AUGCCAGCUGGCCCCUCACAUCUUUGCGUGGCCUGCGCCCCUCCCUCCACAUCCCCUCAUGCCCCCACAGAGGUCUCUUUCCCCAGUUCCCCUUGGAGUGCGUCCACUUCGCCCUUAUUUAAUGGACGCCUGAAACUUCAGCUGAUGGGAUUCGUGGUGGCCACUGUGGGAUGGGUCCUCGGAACCACAUCCAUGGCUCUGGCCGAGUGGCGAGUGUGGUACGUCAACAGCACCUCGCUCUUAUCCUCCCACCUAGCCUGCGUGGGAGUGUGGAGAGCCUGCAUCUUCCAUCAAGGCAACGGCCUCGACCGUGCCAUCGGAUGUCAGGGUUACAGCUACUUUGAUCCUUAUGUCCCAAUGGAUAUCCAUGUUGCUCAAAUACUCCUGCCGCUCGCCACCGUUCUAGGGCUUUUCAGCAAAGCUGCCAUCAUCUUUGCGCUUAAGAACAUGUACCUGAGCAAAGUGCAGAAGACCUGUGAUGCAUCUGCUGUUGCAGGAAUGCUGAGCAUAGCUGCUAGUUUCUGUAUCCUAGCUGCUGUGGUCUGGAACCAACUGUCCAUCCAGACCGAAGAGGGAAUUGCCUUCCCACCAUCUUUCAAUCUACCCUUCAAGCCGGACUCCCAGGAAGUCGGUGGGGCUGCUCUCAUGGCCUUUCUUGGUUCCUGCGGGCUCUUUUUCGGGGGGUUGGCUUACUUCUCUUACAAAUACCCACUAGACAGCCGAGUGUAUCCUACAACUUCAGAUACAUAA